UUGUUUCCUACAGCCAUUGUUCUCAGCGGUAACUGUAAUACCUGUUAAUUCCGCAUGCCACGGCCUCCUGUAGCCCCGCCGUGGAGUCAAGACAGAUAUGUGUGACGUACCAGUUGUUAUCAUGUCGGGAGAUCAAUACGACUUAUGAUGAUCAGCACACACGAACAGGAGUAAGGUGUCAGCAGUGUACUGCGUUGUCUUGGAGUUGGAACAUCAGGACAGGCUGGGACAGAUAGCGGAGACAUGCUACCUCAACCACUGGGCAGAAGGGAUGCGUUGUGAUUCUUGGAUGGCUGGAUACUUGUAGAGGUACUUGGAUGGACGAAUACUUGUAGAGGUACUUGGAUGGACGAAUACUUGUAGAGAUGACGAUCGACUCAGUGAUGUAAUGGCGGCACGAGGGCGAAGUCGGGAGACGCCAUAUCAGGAUUUUACAAGAAUUAAAAACUCUGUGUUUAUCAGGAGAGCCGCCAGGGGACAUUUGGACCGAGAUGAUCUUUUCACUGACCCUUCAUUCCCGCCGGAUUGGUCGUCCUUGACCUACGUGUACAGCGGGGAUGACAAAUAUGAAAGAACCGUUUUUAGGAGACCCACGGAAAUAUGCGAACAACCUACAUUUAUCGGUGUUGGCGGCGUGAUUGACGAGCCGUUCCCAUGGAAACAAUGGCGACAACGAGGCUGGUUCCAGGCAGCGGUGAUGAUCAUCUCGCUCAACGUGAGGUUCCUGGACAGGCUCAUUCCAGGGUAUAAAGUCUUUGAACAGAACUUCGAUUCUGAUUAUAUUGGUGCAUUCCGAUUUACCAUGUGGCGGUUUACAGAAUGGGUUGAGAUUAUCAUAGACGACCACCUACCCAUGCUGGACCACGCCCACUUCUUCUGCAGGGUCAUCGGUGCCCCGCCUGAAUACUGGGGAGCUCUGGCGGAGAAGGCGUACGCCAAAUGUAAAAAGACGUUCCAGGCCAUCGAGUACGGCAACAUGUUGGACGCCCUAACCGACCUGACAGGUUGCGUCUGUGAGUACUACACACCCGACGUCAACCCUGCCGACAACCUCUUCCACAUCAUGUACAAGUCCAGUGUCAACAGAUCCAUGAUGGUGUGUUGGCGGAACGAAAAGAGGCUGACUUCCACUGGCUUUGACUUAGAGGAUAGUCAGAAAGCGCACAACGACUACGACGAACAUGCGGCAGAGGAACGGCAUUUCCUACAUCUGAUCACAGCCACGACUAAGUUUCCCAGCACAGACGGGCGUCUGAUCGAGAUGCUCCGACUCCGGUGCCCGUUUCCCAAGGAACCAAAAUGGCAUGGAAAAUACUCCGAUAAUGACUCCAACUCUUGGAAUACCGUAACGGCAGAGUUCAAGGAGAAGUACCGACCUUUAUCCCGGAAGGAGGAUGAUGAAUAUUGGUUAACUGUGGAUGACUUCCGGUGUAAUUUCGGAGGGCUUGUGAUCAUCAGCAGCACUGAGGCGUUUAAUUACGAAGGGCUCACUGUUGGCAGAAACUAUUCUCUUGACAACGACUUUCCUUUAGGUAAAGAUCGGAAUAAGUUUAUGAUGGGCAAUCAGACCCGCCCAUGGAUCAACUUUGAAAGGUCGCCCUCUUCCUGUGAACAAGAAAUUAAGAUUUUUUGUGACUCCCGACCAAAUUCAAACAAAGUGAAGCUUCUGAAAAAGGCGCCAUUUGUGAAUAACUGUAGUGGGGGUAUGGACAUUCCAGAUAUUGACAGGACUGUUGUUCUUGACUGUACAAAAGAGCGGUUAAAAGCAGACGACAAAAGAAGAAUUACAGAAAAACAUGCAAGAUCAGUUCCUAAGGGACCACCUCAAGUGAAAGAAAGAAAGACGAGUCUGCCCCCGGAUCUGCGUGGGGCUGCAUCGCCAACAGAAAGUAUCAGAAGACAGUCGAAUCCGUGGAUGUGCAAGUCCCCCGGCCCGGUGCCCGUAGAUGGAGACAAGAGACACAAACGGGUGGGCAGUUUCGUGAAUCACAGUGAACCCUACAGCUCGUCUGAAAUAUCGCUCCACAUACGAACUGCACUCUCGGUGGACGACAGUUGCCGACCCCAGAGUGCCCCGUUGCCACGCAACCACUCAACGGGAUCACUGAGUUCACUUACGCAAAUAAACUUUUUAGCAACAAAAGCCGACUUUUUCAGAGCUCAUGGAAGGUGGCGGAACAUUCUGGAGUACAAGGACAAGUGGUCAAAAAACCGGAAAGGCGUAUCCAGAUCAAACAUCGAAGCUCAUUCCAAAAGUCCUCGGAUCCUGUUCCACGUGUCACGCGCAGACGUAUCUGAUGUCAUCAUAUCUCCCGGCAUGCAAAAUAAACGUCACGUGCUGAUAUCAGUCCUCCAAGAUUAUCGUCAUGGUCCCUCCACUGCUAACAGUCUCCUUGUUCCAGUUGGCUUUUGUAUUUACAAGACCAAGAAUCCCGAUCGAGAUGAGAAACGACACAUUUCCAAACUUCAUCUGAUUGGCGAGGUUGAGGGAAAACCGGAAAUGCGGGAAGUGAAUACACGCUUUGACCUCGAACCUGGAAGUUAUUUCAUUGUUCCCUACUACGUUGCGCAGGCGCACGAGGGAGAAUAUCUCAUUCGUAUAUUGACAGAGGGAGACCCCCCAAGCGGCAAAGCGGCAUGUACAAUAUCGUGAAGACACCAUGGGUUAAUAUUCGUCACAAUAAGUGAAUAUGUCCCUUGUACAUCCGUGUGCUAUAGUGACAAAUAUUUACAGCUACGUCGAUGAAGUCAUUCUGGAUGAACGUUGCAGCCGCAGUGGUCUGACAAAAGUUCAGAUAUCACACCUGACGUUGGGCAAUUCGCAUUUCACAAGACGUUGUGUACAGACGAUGAAUCAACCGAGUCACUAAUGCUUGCAGCGUAGUCUUUUCUGAAUGACAACAGUGGUGAAUGCAUAGCAGCAGCAAAGAGCAUCCAGACACCGUGAUACGUCCCCACAAGGCCUUGUUUGACCUGGGCAAACCAUUCAAGCACUAUAAGUUAUGGAAGCUCACAUAAAAUACAGCUGUGCUUCAUGCUGGGUUCGGUUCAUUGAAGUCUCACGUUAUACCUUUUUUAACUGUGUUUGCAAGAUGGGUCAGUGACAGUCCGAUCCGUGGUACCUGUGUUUGCAAGAUGGGUCAAUGACAGUCCGAUCCAUGGUACCUGUGUUUGCAAGAUGGGUCAGUGACAGUCCGAUCCAUGGUACCUGUGUUUGCAAGAUGGGUCAGUGACAGUCCGAUCCAUGGUACCUGUGUUUGCAAGAUGGGUCAAUGACAGUCCGAUCCAUGGUACCUGUGUUUGCAAGAUGGGUCAGUGAGUGUCCGAUCCAUGUUACCUGUGUUUGCAAGAUGGGUCAAUGACAGUCCGAUUCAUGGUACCUGUGUUUGCAAGAUGGGU